AUGAUACUGCGGCAUCGCUAUCCUACAACCUGUUCUAUAACCAUCGUCCUGUUCAUCCUGUUCACCUUCCUCCUAUGCGCCUGUCCAAUCUUAGCAUCACCAGAACCUCAGCCAAUCUACAUACCUCGAUCACUUCAGUCAAAUAAUAAACGAGCCGAGUCAAAUACGAAAGCGAGACCCAAUCCCAAUAGACCUGAAUAUGUGGCUCAUCCAGCUGGUGAUUUAGUAUGUAGGCCUUUUGGAGAGUGUGAACCAUGUCCGAGGGAUGAGCUUGAUCAACCAUUCUGCUUCCCAUUCGGUAAUAGAAGAUUAUUACAUUGUAUACCUUCCUCCUCAGCAGAGGAAGCUAAGAAUGGGAACCACGUAGGGGAGGUACCUGCUUGGGAAGCUUGUGGAAAAGUUGUGAGGAAAGAAAGACAGGAUUUCUGGGAAUUUGUAACGGCCAACCUCCUUUUCUUAAUUGUAGCUCUCACGAUCCUCUGGGCUAGAACGUCCGCGCUGGCCACAGAACAGUAUAGACAGUUGGCAGCUAGGAUCGGUAUACCCAGCGGAGGGUGGACAUGA